ACCACUAACCUUUUUUUGCUUGAAGGUAAGCAAUUUCUAGACCCUUUUUAUCAUCAAAAACCAUUACCAGACAAACAACGGAAAAUAAAGCUAUAACAAAAUGAAAUAUAUCAAGGAAACAACAAAGAGUUGAGAAGAACUCACAACUUGAUGCCUUCUUAUCUUCAAAGUGACAACAAUUUCCAUUUCACGGCGUUUUUGCCCAGUCCGCGCUCAGGUCCGAAACAACGCUUUUCUAUGCAGCUCACUGUAGGUCCGGCUUUAUGGUAUUAUAUGCAUACUGAAGCAUUUGUCUGCAUCUACGCGUGUUUAUGUUUUCCAAAUCAGAUCAAGAAAAAAUGGAAAUGGGUGCAAAAAAUAUUCCUGAAAGUGUUCUACAACAAAGCCAAUGUUGUAUUCCCAGCAGGGUUGAAUCAAUUGGUUCAGAAUGGUUUGAAGAUAUUAUUAGAAAAAGGAGCAAAAUACCUAUUUUUUUGACAAGGUUAUCUGUCGGCGCUUAAUAUUGAAAAUGAGAUAUAAAGAGAGGUUUGUUUCCAGCUGUUUUGAUUGAGUUUCUCCAAGUUUUCGAAUUUGUUGCUUGAUCAAUUUCAUAAUUCAGCAAUAUAAAUGUCUUUAAUCAACCAAGAUUUGCUAUUU